AUGUCUAAUAUUUGUGAACAUCCAUUUUGUACUCGUUAUAUAUCUAGAAAAUGUUUAAAUCAUUGUCAAUUAGAUUUAUGUGACGAACAUUUAACUGAACAUAAAAAUUUAUUUUUUGUUCAAUAUGAAAAAUCUUUUAAUAAUCUCACUAAAUCAUUCGAUGACUUAACAUAUUUAAUAGAAGAAACAAAGAAUAAAUUUUUUAUUAAUUAUCAAAACGAUAUUUCAUUAAUUAAUGAAAACUAUCGAAAUAAAUUAAAUGAAAUUGAAGACAAAUCUUCAUUGAUUAUUUCAACAGAAAAUUUAAUUAAAAAAAAACUUCAACUUUUAUCGGAUGUUAAAAAUAAUCAAGCAUUUCUAUAUCAAUAUGAUAUUGAACAAAUUAAAUUAUAUUCAAAUAAAAUUCAUGAGACGAACAUAGUAGAAACUCUCAGUGAUGAAAUGUUUUCAUUAAGUCCGAGUUCCGAUGAUGAUGAUUAUUCUCAAGUAAAUAACAAGAAAAACGAUAUUAGUUUUAAAGAAUAUCGUGGCAUAUGUCCUUUAGCUCAUUAUGGUGUCUAUGGUCUUAAUAAUAAACAUAAUAUACGUUUAUGUUCACAUGAAAAGGAUAAAAUUGAUCGUAAUUUAUAUUCACAUUUUCAUCAUUAUCAUCAUUUAACAAAUUCGUUAUCAUCUCGAUUAACCAAAGCUGUUAUUGAUAAAUUAAAUCCUUUAACAACAUAUAUUUUUCCAUCAGAACAAAAGAUAACUGACAAACGUUAUGAUAUGAUUGUAUGUCCGUUAGAUAAAGCGAAAUUAUCUAUUUGUAAAAGAAAAUUUUUAAGGCAAUCAUUAAAAACACAUUUAUUACGUGUUCAUCAUUUAACAUUAGAAACAAGUAAUAAAAUUCUCGAUAAUAUGAAAAAACAAGGUGAUUUGACAAAAAUUGAUUUUGAUGAAGAUGAAUUUAAAUAG